AGACAAGCAUCGAAAAACAAUCAACGCGCGAGCAGACGGGAUAAGGGCCGGGAUACGAUUUACUAUCUAAGCACAAUACAACCUGAGUGACUCCGCAUUGAGCGACAGACUUGAGGCCGAAGCCCUCCAUUGAACAGAUCCCCCGGAGCACAUCUCCCAAACCACCAAAGAUGUCAACAACGCCCGGCGCAAAAUCCCGCUCCAUAACCCCGACAGUCUUCGAGCAGCAACGGGCAGAACUCGUAAGAGAAAUCGCCGUGGGCAUGGAGCAAGUUCUCCAGAAUAUGAAUCGGCUCAAUCGGAACUUGGAGAGCAUCAUCUCUGUGGGGAAUGAGUUCGGCUCCGUCGAGGCCCUGUGGUCACGGUUUGAGAAUUUCAUGGGCCAGCCGGCUGAUGGGACGGAGGCUCCGGAUCGGCGGAACGAGGGGGGGCAGCAGCAGGAGGAGGAAGAGGGGCAGAGUGAGCUUCGCGAUGAGGAGAUGAAAGAUGCUGAGGCUUAAUUGCGGUUCUGGGUGGUGGAGGUAUAUUGUUUGUUGUCUACGACAUCUGGCUAAAAGUCCGGCGUUUUGAGUAUGGCGUGAAUCUGUUUUGGCGUGGUCGAGGGAGCUUGUCUGCUUAUCUUCUGUCGCAGGAUAUCCUUCCUUUUCCAAAGAGCUGAAUGAAUUACUGG